AUGGAUCUCAUAGAAGUCAACAAAGAUGAUAGAAAAGCACAAAGUACCCCUCCAGGUGCUGAUUACGUGCCUCUUCAUCCAUUAACACGCUGCUGGGAAGUUCCUAGACAUAACGUGACCAUAGAAAAAAUCAUUGGUAAAGGUGCUUUUGGUCAGGUUGCCAAGGGAACAGCAGUAGGACUUCGAGGGAGUCCUGAAACGACCACAGUGGCUAUUAAGAUGCUUAAAAGUGAGCUCUUGUACUGUAAAUUGAAUGAGUCUUGGCCUACAGACAUUCAGGAAAUGUUACCGGGUUACUGUAAUUAUUUAGCUAUUUGCCAUUUCAUAAGUUAUGUUGUUAUUCCGACAUUUCGCAUAUUAUUCCCGUUAACCAAAUUUUACUCCUUGUUUUUAAUGCUCCAGCAAACGCUUCUGAAUCGGACAAAGAGAUCUGAUGAAAGAACUUGACACAAUGAAACAGCUAAAACCACAUCCUUACGUCAUUAAACUUCUGGGAUGUGUUACUGAAUCUGGUAUGCUUUGGUUAUGCGGGUCUAAUUUUGCUGUACACAUUUUUCUUAUGAUUUACUCUGUAACGCUUUCUCGUCAUUGAUAAUUUGCCUCAGUGGAAGGGUGACCGCUUCGUAAUUGAGCAAAACAAACAACCAUCGCAUAAGGUAAUUUUAUCUUAUUUUAGCCAACACAGACGUUCCUGGAUUUACUGAUAUACUAAGACCGAAUAUUUGCCACUGAGCAGAUCAUUCUGUUAUAGAAGCAGAAACGCUUUUUUGUAAGGGAAUAAUUGGUCUGUACUUUCUUAUGAGACCGUCGCAUAGUUUUUUUCUUGUUUUCAUGCGAUUUCUUCAAAAGUGUUCACUAUGACUGGGCCAUUCAUCUAUUUCAAUUACUGCUUUUUUUUAAAAGAAAGUAACAUAUCAAUUAAAUUAUUUAAUUUCUUCAGAACAGCUGUUGGUUUUGAUUGAAUAUGUGCCUUUUGGGGAUCUUCUGGGUUACCUGAGAAAGAGCCGUGGAUUAAAAGACACUUACUACAAAGACCCGGAUAUCAAACCACAAACAAAUCUGACGUCACAGCAGCUGAUGAAGUUUGCUUGGCAAAUUGCUGAUGGAAUGAGUUACUUGUCCGCAAAAUCUGUAAGUUAGUUAAAAACACGUGAGACAAACAAUUCUAAAACCUUCUCGUAAGGUCUAUCGUCAUGUUAAGCUCUGGCAUGGAAUAUUAUGUCUUCACAAGAUCACGCCUGGGAGAUGCAGACGUAUUCUUACCGUCUUGUCGAGGCUAUUUCUUUAGGGCCAGGAACCCUCCCGAUUUUGACGUCAUCAUAUAAGUUUUAUUUCAAUGCGAGAAUGGCGAUAUUUGUGCAUCAUUGCAAGUGUACCCCAUCGAAAUAAAAUAUCUGGGUUUUUCUCGUGUGAGCAAAGGCAGAGACGUGAAGGAAUAGGAUCUUUUAAGAUAUUCAGCUUAAACUGAGUGUACAACAAAUAUCCAUUUUAUUGACAAGGAAGAAAAGGAAUUAAAACUUCAACUUAAAAAAAUCGUCUUUGGUUGCUAAACUGCUUCAUUACAGAAUCCUAUUUCGAUUAAAAUGUUAAGGUAAGCGUUCUUUGAAAUGACUACGUGCAAAAAAAAAAAAAAGUAGUUUGCUUCUCUUUGGAAUAUGGAGCAGUUAUUGUAGUAGUUUUAACUUUCUGCCAUCUGGAAGAAAAAGAAAUACGCACACCAUAUUAUGUUGUAGAUAUUUCUAUUUUCCUCUGAACCAUUUCAUUUCAGUUCUUUUUCAUCUACAAUCACUAAUUUUUGCUGUUACAUCAAUUCUUUCUUAGAUCAUUCACCGAGACCUUGCGGCCCGUAAUGUGUUGGUUGGACAAAAGGAAAUGUGUAAAGUGACAGACUUCGGAAUGGCCAGAGAUGUGCAGCAGGAAAAUAUUUAUGAACGAAAGACAAAGGUAAUCAAGAAAAAGGGGAGAUGAGGGCGGUAUCACAUUUCGUUCAGUUUAGUGAUCUUUGACAUCAUUGUUGUGGUUGAGCUGAUAUAUUCCUGAUUUCGAUCAUGAAUUCCUUGGGACCCUAAUGAAACUAUCAGCCAUGCGUAUACGAGUACAAUUUUAAAUAUCACUAUUUCUGACUACUCACUCACUAUAAUUCUCGAGCUGUUUCACAAAGUGAUAUUUAAAAUCUUUAGGGCCGUCUUCCCGUGAAGUGGACAGCUUAUGAGGCCUUAUUGUAUGGUAAAUAUACUACCAAAAGUGACGUGUAAGUAUACCUGAUUAUUACCCGUAGCAGUUUAUCAAAAAUUGUAUCAAUUUUAAUUAGGACUUGAAUUCUAUGCUUUGUCAAAGAAUACAUAUAUUUUAUUCGUCGUAUAUACUGUUUAUGUCUAUAGUCACUUAAUUUAUAUUUGUUUGAUUUGUCUUUCUGCAGAUGGAGUUAUGGAGUUCUAUUAUACGAGAUUUUCACCAUAGGUAACAUCGAAUGGAAUUUUAUGAGGCUCUGUAGAUGUUUUUUGCUUUAUACCAUGUUUAAUUAAACAAUGUAUCGUGUUCAGUCAGACAAACGUAAUGAGCUUCAAACUACAUCUAGUGACAAAGGUGAUGUUUCAUUGAAGGUCGUUUUUUUGUCACAUUUAUAUUUCGAUGGUCUUGUGGUUCUUCCAGGCGGUUCACCUUACCCACGAAUGGAUGGAGGAAAAAUUGCAAACUUACUCCAGGAUGGAUACAGGAUGCCUAAACCACAACACGUCGAUGAAAAAUUGUAAGUUUACUUCAUUUACUUGUUCUCCCUCGUCGUACAAGGAAACAUUCUUUAAUUCUUUAACAGAUUAUUUGAAUAAUACCAGGUAUCAGAUCAUGAUGAAAUGCUGGAAGAAUGACCCAGACUCAAGACCAACUUUCACUGAAUUGAAAAAUCAGCUUAAGGACAUGGAAACCCUACACAAGGUCAGAAUUUUUAUCAAUAUGAAAGUUUUUUUUUUCACGUAAGACCGACUGGCUAAGGCUCAGCUAAUUAGGGUUAAAAGUAACAGCAUUGAGCUUAAAUAGCGUCUCAAUGACAAUUGAAUGUCUCAAUGACAAUAAACACCUUAUGGUUAUUUAAAAGAUCAUAGGAUGAUUGCAAAACUGCAUUGAGACGCACAAAGAGUAGCAGACGACGACGCCAUAAAAUACUUCCUCCUUGAAUUUGUUUUGGUGUGAAAACCUGGCCACUUGUGAGGAUAACCACUUAAAACUUUUUUAAUGUUGCUAAUUAUUAUAUUAUUUUUCUCUGCAGAAGCUAAUUGACAUGAAAAUGUACGACAAGCAAUUGUAUGCAAACGUCGAGGAUUGAACGGUGUAGUUAGAUACACGUCCACAGUGUAUGACUGGCUGACAGUUUGAACACUUCGCCCUGACAAGUUUCAGGGAUUAAUCAUCGUUUCCUUACACGCUUACUUGGUAGAAAUAGCCAUGUUGCGUUUACCAGUUAGGCUGUUACACUGUAAUUCAAUUGACUUCAUAUUCUUGAACGCUGAAACGCUUUUAUAAGGUUACUGAUAAAGUUUAAUCUCAUUUUCUCUUUAACAUGUUAAGUAUUUACAUAUAUGCCUCGACACAAGCGUUUGAGUUCAGUUUAUUUUCUGGCUCAAUUCUGAGGUGGUGAUGAGAUCUCGCUCUGAAAGCCAUAGUUGUGUACAAUUUUAAUAAAUUGCUUAAAAUUUUUGCCGCAAAACCCGCUUUUUUUUAGGAAAGCUAAUCGUGCGCAUAAAUUGAUUUCCCAAAGACUGCCUUUACUUGCGAUACCAACUCGAAAUGCUUUUAUACGGAAUUCUAAUCAAAAUUAUACUUGGCACAUUACUUCUGCAAGAAAGUUUGUUGUUUGGCCUAAUAGGCCGAUAGUUUUCGCGUACUAGAUACUAUUACUCAACGAAAC